AUGUCCCCCCAUCACCAUCGUACCGCACACCACGGCGACCCCGCCUCCUCGCAUUACGCCCAUUCGUCGCGGUCGCCAGGGCAAUCGCUGCCGCAUUCUGAUUUGUCGCCUUCGUCGCACGUCCGUCGUCGUUCUCAUGUCGCCUCCCCCGCCGCUUCGCCCGUCGCGCCACUCUUGCUGGAUUCGUCGCAAUCCUCCCCAGUGCUCGAGUCGCCCUCCACCCUUCAAGAUAGCUCAUUAGCAGCCUGGCCUCAUCAAGCGCGUCCCGAAGUCGAGCCGCUCCCGUCCGGCGCGAAGAUGAUCGGGGUCGAGGCGCCCCGACAUCAGAUGAUCGGCAAGCGCCGAAUGCGGGGGAACAGCGCGCCUCGCGUGGUGAUUCUGCCGCCCAUGAAGCACAUCAAGAUCGAGCCGGCGCGCAUCGUCAGCGUCGAUGUGCCCGGCGGAAAGGCUCUUGUGGGGGAGGUGAUAUCUGGCCCAGAUGCCGCCGCCAUUGACGUGUCAGUUCCUGGUUGGUCCUCCGCCGUGCCCCAGUCGCUCAUCCGCCCGUUCCCUCCGCCACCGCACGAGGCACCGCUCCCCGCGCCCACCGCAUUCCCCGCCCCUGUUCCGCCGUGCGCCCUCCCUGCGCCUUCCGCCGCCGCCUCACCCCACCGCUGCCCUCCGCCGAGCUUUCAGGAGCUCGCGACGCGCACCCCCCGUUACAAGGGCGUGCGGCAGCGCAAGUGGGGGCGGUGGGUGUCGGAGAUCCGCGAACCACGGCGACGAUCGCGCAUCUGGCUUGGUUCAUACUCGAGCGCGGAAGAGGCGGCGCGCGUGUACGACAUGGCGGCGCGGAUGCUGCGAGGCGACGCGGCGGGGAGUCUCAACUUCCCCGACAGCCACCAGGACGUGCCGCUGCCGCCCGCCAUCGCCGAAUCGCUCGUCCGCGUGUGUCAGGAGGUCGCGGAGGACGCGGCCCGCGCGGAAGGCGGCGGAGGAAUGGGGGGGAACGCAGAGCAAAGGUCCUUCCGUGCGGAGGCUCUGUCGUCCGAUUCGUCGCCAGAGGAGGAGUCGGACAGUAAUCCGACGGCCGUGCAGGCAGCAAGCAGCUGCGGCGCGGGUAGCGUGUUCUGCGCGCGCUCCGUCCCCACCGCCGAGAUCUCCAGCCACGUGUCGCCGCUCUCCCUCGCCUCCGCCAUCCGUCCCGCCCCCUCCGCCGCGUUUCGCGUUUCCGCUGCGAAUGUGUCCCCCUCAAGCUUUCCCCCGCCCAGCGCACGGCCGUUCUCCGCGCCUCGCUUUCCCCCCAUGGUGGAAAUCCCGCCGCAAAAGGCGUCUCCAGACGUGAUCGUGCUUCCCGACUCGCCAGCAGCAGAGACGGCGGAGGUUGAGGAUCGAGCUGAUGGCGACGCGGCAACGCGCGGAUCGCGCAUGACCCCCGCGGCCUACACCGCUCGCCCGCGCAGCGUGCACUUGAGCAGCAGCGGCGGCUCCACGGAUGACCCUCCUGCCGCCCCUCCUGCGCCCCGCCCUUCACCUCCUCCCUCCACUUCCGCAGCCAACACUACCGCCACACCUGGCCCUCACACUGCUGCUGCUGUGGCUCCACCGGGUGUGCCUGCUGCGGCGGCGAGUGUGGCUGUUGCAGUGGGUGUGCCUGCGAGCGCGUCCCCCAGUGCGCGUACCCCCACGGCCGCAGUGCACGCGCUGGCGCAGCUGCUCUCCUCCCUCGCUGCCCUCGGCUCCGCGCUCUCGCUGCCACCGCCUGCCGUCCCCCCAAGCAACAGCAGCACUGGCCAUGUGCUUGGGCACGACGGUGAGGCGCCAGGCAGCAGCAUCCAGGCUGCAGAGGACAACGGUCAGGUGGCCGGAUACAACAUUCAGGGCCCCGAUGGCAGCAGUAACCUUCUGGGCGCAGCAGCAGCGCGGGAGCAGCUGAUGCGCAUUCUGCAGUCACCCCUGCUACAGCCACACCGCACACUUGCUGCUGGUGGGCAGGGGGGACACGAGGGACAUGCGGAGCAGCAGCAGCAGCAGCAGAUGCAUGAGCUGCCUUUCCAGUUCCUGCCUCCCAGUGCUGCUGCCAGCAGCAGCCCAUGCACGCAGGCGGGCAUAGCUGCGAGUCACAUAGUUGUUGAUAACACGCAAGCACCUCCGCCCGCUCCCUCAUGGCCCUCGUCGCCCCCGCCACCACUCCACGGCUCCACGCCUGCUGGCCUGCUCCGCAAAUCCCACCCCUCCCCUCCUCCCCCCCAACCCCCGCACAACGUGCCUACCGCUGCUUCCCUGCAGUCAGCCUCACCUCUCCCUCUCCAACCUCCCUUGGUUGUUCCCCCUGCGUCUCUCCAGCCCCCCUGCACUGCCCCCCCUCCCCAGCCCCCUUGCACUGCGCCCCCUGCGGCCCCCAGCCCGUACAGCAGCGCCUUUGACUUCGAACCGCUGCUGCUGCUGGCAGGCGACGAGGGGGAGAGGGGGGAGGCUGCACCUGGGGAGGGUGUAGCUGCGCUGGAGUACGGGCAGGGAGAGGAGGGAGAGGAAGGGGAGGAGAGGAGUGUGCAUGCGGCCAUGGCUGCUGCUGCAGCGGCGGCAGUGGAGGCGAGUGAGCAGCACGGGCAGGGAGGGGGCAUGGACCGUGCAGUGUCAGCCACAGCAGAGCAGUUCCACAUGUGGCAGCAACAGCUGUGGGAGCUCUUCAUCUGGUUUGUUUGGCCCUCUCAGUUCAAACCAGCAGACUUCUCCGCACAGCAAUUUCGGAAGAGGAUCAGUUUAGUGACGACCAGACGAGAACACAUCGCCGCCAUGGCUCUCAGAGUGUUCGCGUCCCAGGCCGCCACAUCCCUGAGGGUUCGUUGCCUUCCAGCAACAGACAGCCUCAUCGCUCCCUUCUGGCGAUCCUUCGCUUCUGCUGCGGAGAACCGGAAGUACUUGAAAUCACAUGAAUGGGUCGAAGUGAACGGCGAGGUCGGGACAGUCGGCAUCUCAGAUUUCGCCCAAAAUGAGCUGGGCGAGCUCGUCUUCGUGGACAUGCCGAAGGCCGGGACGCAGGUCAGCAAGGGGCAAACGUUCGGCGUGGUGGAGAGCGUGAAGGCCGCCAGUGACGUGUACUCGCCCGUCUCUGGAGAGGUUGUUGAGACGAACGAGGAGCUCGGCAGCAACCCUGCCCUGGUGAAUACCUCUCCCUUCGCCGAUGGGUGGAUCAUGAAGGUGAAGAUUGCCAACCCCGCAGAGCUGAACGACUUGCUUGAUGAUGACGCUUACAACAAGCACUGCGAGGCUUCAGCACACUAA